CAUUGCGAGCAACAGUCUGGCCCCUGUUUUCCCCUGCAUCGCGCCGUUGCCUGUCAAAGUUCCACGCUUUGACAAGCUUCUUCCCAAACAUCAGAUGAUGAAGGCAUGGCUGCAAAGCAGUUAGCUAGCUGGAAAGCUUUUUCAGUCUAGUAUCUUCAGCUUCUCUAUGUCAUGUCGAGUGACUUGGAUCGCGCGAGAGGCCUUAGCGUGGUCGUAGCCGUUACUACCCCGCAUCCCUACCACGCUACCGGCGACUGCCGAUGGUGUAGCUACCUUAGGAACCUUACGUAGUACUGCUCUUUGUUCGCAACUGGUAUACUCGACUUGCUAGCAGAAGCCACGGUCAGGUUGAUGCGUCUUAUCCCAUAGACCAGCAAUGGCUACCCCCUUCAAAAUCCUCAUCUUUAGCCGGACGACGGCAUACCGGCACGAAUCCAUCCCAGCCGGCAUCCGAGCGCUACAGCGUCUCGCCUCCGCCUCGCUUUCAGGGACCCAUCCCUUCACAGCCGACGACAGCGAAGACCCAGCGCUGUUCAACCCUGCAUCCCUCUCGGCUUACCGUGUCAUCGUCCUCCUGCAGUGUUCCGGCGAUAUCCUGGACGACGCUCAACUCGACGCCCUGAAGGGUUACGUCCGGUCCGGCGGCGGCGUUGUUGCCAUCCACUGCGCCAGCUUCGCGAUGCAGUCCUCGGAGUGGUACGGCCGGCUGAUAGGCGGCGUCUUCGACAACCACCCCGAUCCGCAGCCCGGCCGCCUGAGGAUGCUGGACCCAAGCCACCCCAUCAUGACCUGUCCGUGUUCGUCAGACGGCAGCGGCACUCGGGCAGUGGAGGAAGCGUUGGAACGGACCUGGGUGGACGAGUGGUACAACUUCAAGACGCAUCCCCGCACAGCUACCGUUGGUGGCAACCUCCACGUUUUGCUCUCCGUGGACGAGAGGUCAUAUAACGGCGGGGAGCAUGGAGAUGACCACCCUGUAGCAUGGUGCCAGUCCUUUGAUGGCGGCCGCUGCUUCUACACCUCGCUUGGCCACUUUGACGAGGCAUAUGACGAUGAAUGGUUUACGGGCCAGCUGCUCGGGGGAAUCCUCUGGGCUGCUGGCUUCGCAUAAGUCAACAAUAAGUUGAUCGUCUUAUAGUGCUUGUCUAGAUUUGGCGAGGACACGGUUCUUUAUGUACAGGUGUAGCCGGUACUGUGGUACGACGCGUAGAUCUUUGUCAUGAUCUCCGUCUUCCGUAAGCAGAUCGGGCUUGCCGCGAUGCUGGGUCGUUCAAUGGACCCGCUGGGUGAGCAAGGGCGGCCAUCUUGGCGGCGCGUGGUGACACGAAUUGGCAAUCUACAGUACCGCCCGUGUGCUGCAUCACUUUCUCUCACGCCACGUCAAUAGUGCACCGUGC